CGAGUGGAGCGAGCAAGCUGAGUGGUUGUGUGGUUGCGUCCCGGAGACCGGUAGCGCUUGCAGCAUGGCUGACCAACUGACUGAAGAGCAGAUUGCAGAAUUCAAAGAAGCUUUUUCACUAUUUGACAAGGAUGGUGAUGGAACUAUAACAACAAAGGAAUUGGGAACUGUAAUGAGGUCUCUUGGGCAGAAUCCCACAGAAGCAGAGUUACAGGACAUGAUUAAUGAAGUAGAUGCUGAUGGUAAUGGCACAAUUGACUUCCCGGAAUUUCUGACAAUGAUGGCAAGAAAAAUGAAAGACACAGACAGUGAAGAAGAAAUUAGAGAAGCAUUCCGUGUGUUUGAUAAGGAUGGUAAUGGCUAUAUUAGUGCAGCAGAGCUCCGCCAUGUGAUGACAAACCUUGGAGAGAAGUUAACAGAUGAAGAGGUUGAUGAAAUGAUCAGGGAAGCAGAUAUUGAUGGUGAUGGUCAAGUAAACUAUGAAGAGUUUGUACAAAUGAUGACAGCAAAGUGAAGACAUUGUACAGAAUGUGUUAAAUUUCUUGUACAAAAUUGUUUAUUUGCCUUUUCUUUGUUUGUAACUUAUCUGUAAAAGGUUUCCCCCUACUGUCAAAAAAAAUAUGCAUGUAUAGUAAUUAGGACUUCAUUCCUCCAUGUUUUCUUCCCUUAUCUUACUGUCAUUGUCCUGAAACCUUAUUUUAGAAAAUUGAUCAAGUAACAUGUUGCAUGUGGCUUACUCUGGAUAUAUCUAAGCCCUUCUGCACAUCUAAACUUAGAUGGAGUUGGUCAAAUGAGGGAACAUCUGGGUUAUGCCUUUUUUUUUUUUUUUUUUUUUU